GAACAUCAUUUGCAACGGGCCAUCUCAGCACAGCAAGUGUUCAGAGAAAAGAAGGAGAGCAUGGUUAUCCCAGUCCCUGAAGCAGAGAGCAAUGUCAACUACUACAACCGCCUGUACAAAGGGGAGUUCAAGCAGCCAAAGCAGUUCAUCCACAUCCAGCCCUUUAAUCUGGACAAUGAGCAGCCAGAUUAUGAUAUGGACUCUGAGGAUGAGACCCUUCUGAACAGGCUGAACAGGAAGAUGGAAAUCAAGCCACUGCAGUUUGAGAUAAUGGUUGACAGGCUCGAAAAAGCCAGUUCCAGUCAGCUGGUGACCCUCCAGGAGGCCAAACUGCUGCUCAACGAGGACGAUUACCUGAUCAAGGCUGUCUAUGACUACUGGGUGAGGAAGCGCAAGAACUGCCGGGGGCCCUCGCUCAUCCCGCAGAUCAAGCAGGAGAAGAGGGAUGGCUCCACCAACAACGACCCCUACGUGGCCUUCAGGAGGAGAACUGAGAAGAUGCAGACCAGAAAGAACCGAAAGAACGAUGAAGCAUCUUAUGAGAAGAUGUUGAAAUUAAGGAGGGAGUUUAGCAGAGCCAUAACAAUUUUGGAGAUGAUCAAGAGGAGAGAGAAAACAAAGCGGGAGCUGUUGCAUUUAACGUUGGAAGUUGUGGAGAAAAGGUACCAUUUAGGUGAUUAUGGAGGUGAAAUCCUCAAUGAGGUGAAGCUGAACAGACCUGACAAAGAGCUGGGCACAACUCCAUCAUCUCUCCACAAUGGCAGCCACCACAAAGUUCAAGAAUGUAAAGUUAAGCACCCUCACCACUCCUCACUGAAGGAGGAGGUGUCCGACGUGGUCCGGCAGAAGAAGAAAUACCUGAAGAAGCCCAAGCUGGAGUGUGUGGUGACCCCUCAGCCCCUGGCUGAGCCCUUGCCCGUGCUCAGCAAGAGUGACAUCAAACAGUACGACUUCCACAGCUCUGAUGAGGAUGAGUUCCCACAGGUACCCUCACCUGUGUCAGAGGCAGAAGAAGAAAAUGAUCCUGAUGGACCUUGUGCUUUCAGGAGAAGAGCAGGAUGCCAGUAUUAUGCUCCUCGUUUGGACCAAACGAAUUCUUCGUCCGAAGGCCCAGAAUUGGCAGAAUUGGACAAGCUGAGGUUCAGGCAUUGCCUUACAACCCUCACAAUCCCAAGGAGAUGUAUAGGGUUUGCAAGGAGGAGGAUUGGCAGGGGUGGAAGGGUGAUCAUGGACCGAAUAUCCACAGAGCACGAUCCUGUCCUGAGGCAGAUUGACCCGGAAAUGCUCAGCAGUUUUUCAAGCUCUUCCCAGACUUUAGACUUUUCUUCUAAUUUUUCACGGACCAAUGCUUCCAAUAAACCUUGUGAAAACAGACUGUCCCUUCCUGAAAUCCUAAGCAAUAUCAGAUCAUGUCGACUGCAGUGUUUCCAGCCCAGGCUACUCAACCUCCAGGACAGUGAUAGUGAAGAAUGUACCUCAAGGAAAGCAGGGCAGACUGUGAAUAAUAAAAGAGUCUCUGCAGCAUCUGUAGCUUUAUUGAACACCAGCAAGAAUGGCAUAUCAGUCACAGGGGGCAUCACGGAGGAGCAGUUCCAGACCCACCAGCAGCAGCUGGUGCAGAUGCAGAGGCAGCAGCUGGCCCAGCUGCAGCAGAAGCAGCAAUCUCAGCAUUCCUCCCAGCAGCCACACCUGAAAGCACAGGGCUCCAGCACCUCUGACUGCAUGUCCAAGACCCUGGAUUCAGCCAGUGCCCACUUUGCUGCCUCUGCCGUGGUCAGUGCGCCGGGCCCCGGGCGCAGCGAGGGAGCCAAGGAGCAGAACACCAGCCACAACAAUAUCAACGGUGUUGUCCAGCCUUCAGGAACCUCCAGAACUUUAUACUCCACCAACAUGGCUUUAUCCUCCAGCCCAGGGAUCUCAACUGUACAGCUCGUAAGGACAGUUGGCCACAGCACCACAAACCACUUAAUCCCAGCCUUGUGCACGAGCAGCCCUCAGGCUCUGCCCAUGAACAAUUCCUGCCUGCCCAGCGCCGUGCACCUCAACAACGUCAGCGUUGUGUCUCCAGUCAAUGUUCAUAUCAAUACACGGACUUCAGCGCCCUCGCCAACUGCCUUAAAACUGGCCACAGUUGCUGCCAGCAUGGACAGAGUGCCAAAGGUAACUCCCAGCAGUGCCAUCAGCAGUAUAGCAAGAGAGAACCACGAGCCGGAGCGCCUGGGCCUGAACGGGCUGGCAGAGACCACAGUGGCCAUGGAGGUGACAUAACCCCCCAGCUGUCCCUGAGUGCAGCCACAGCCCUCUGUGGGUCACAGAAUCACCCACACCCCAUGGACUCCCGUUCUAUCGUGUAUUAAGUCGAUAUAUAAUGUAAAUUUUGUAAAAAUUGGGAAAAUCACUACCUUGUAAAAUAGUUUAUUUGUAUCAUCAAUAUUAUUUCUGUUACUUGAAUAGUAGAUAUUCAUCAUCAUGCUUUUGCACUUGAAUUUGCAACUGAAUGGAUUAAAAAAAUAAUUCUUUAAUGGGAUCAUGAGCAUGACAUGGGAUCCUGCAUCACUUGUUUAAACUAUUUAUUUUGCCAUGUUUACAUUUUGUAUCUUGUACAAAUAAAUGCAACUUUGUGUCUAAAAAAAAAGUUAAAGAUUCAUAGCUAGGAAACAAAAAUUCUUGUAAUUUUUUUCUAAAGGAAAUGUAAAGUUUUCACUUGGUUCAUUUUGUUUCACAAUUUGACUAGAUGGACUUUUUGGUAAAUACUUUAGUGGCAUUUCACUGUCAAAUAUGAAGUUCAAGGCAAAAUAGUAUUUUCUAUUACUGUGCAGGGGAAAGGGAUGGAUCGAUACAUGCAAAUUUAAUGUAGUAACUCACUUUUCCAUAUAUUUUGAAUGUAUAUUUCUAUUUAUAAUACCAGUUUAUAAAAAAUAAUUACACAGGAGAGGAGAAAAAAAAAAAAACUGACUAGGAAAAUUAUGCAUCUGGCACAUGUCCAAAUGUGCAGAUCUGAGAAAAUUUUCACCUUGAUGCCAUUUUAUCCGAAGACUGCGUAUUUUAACCGGCUUUCAAACUGUACCACACCACAUUAAAGGAUAUUUUACCAGGUAUGUAUUGCAUUCUAUAUCAUUGCAAUAAUUCAUUAUUGGAUGUCUAGCUAUCGAGCCAUCCCAGGUGGUGGGGGGGGGAGGGAGGGUUGUGGCAAGAUUGUCUUUUCAAUUUUGGAGAGUUUUCCUGUGGCUACAAGGCAAGUAACGGGUUGGAAAAAGUCUGACUGUAAGCGUUGGACACCUUGGUAGUGUAGUGUUUUAGUGACUUUUUUUAUACGGUUCUUGUACAUUAGAUACGUGUAGUGGUGUUUCCGAAUGUUUGUUUAUGCACUAGUUCAGACAACUUUCCCUGUUACUUGUUCUUGAUAAGUGAAAACUGCAGGGAAAUAAAAAUACAUAUCAAAACCUG